AGUGAAUUCAAUGCUUUGUGGCCAAUAAAAGUCCCAGAGAAAGAGAGUAAAUACAACGGCACCAAGGAUCGACGUCUGAUUGGCUCUGAAUCAAGUGGGAGCUGCUUCCAUAUUUAACUCUCCCAACCUGCCCUUCAUCCUACCUUCAACCACACCCCUUCCUGCUACCGCGAGCAUUUAAGACUACAGCUCUUCUCCUCAUCUCAUUCAAAGUGGAAAGUCGUGAUUAUAGGAUUCGUUUUCUUUUGAUUGUCAUUUCUACAUAAACCAUGGCCAUGGAGACCGUCGUUGAGCCUCACGAUCGGUACAAUCUCCGCAAAACACUCACCAUCAUGGAAAGAGACCUCAGAGCCCUGGAAAAGAAGGAUGUCCAUAUAUUGGACCAAAGCAUGCUAGAAUGCUACAAAAUUCGGGCUCUACCUCUGAGCCUUGACGCAGAUGACUCGCUGGCACCAAAGUUUUUCGCUUCUUUCGCCGUCAAAGACAUGCCAGAGCCAACACCAGAAUAUGUCGAGAGAGAAUACGACACCAGCCGUCUAACCCUGAUAACCGAACCCGCGCGAGUCGUUUACCAUUACCUUAAAUCAUACGUUGGCAGCUUGAUGGUCGACUUCCCAGAGAUCCGACAAAAGUGGACAAGCCAUCAGGUCGGUGAUUACAACUUCGGUAGUAAUCGGCUAUACCGGAUGUCUGAGCCUCAAUUUGGCACAUUCUGGAUACUUCAUGAUCCCAAGGCCGCCAAGCCGCAUAUUAAAUGCGUCAUGUACAAUGAGAUCUAUGUGGAUGAUAAUCAUCUACUUUGCGGGGAGGUAUUGACCGUCAUGCUGAUUAUGUUGGGUCAACUCAAGCAGAGGGUGUUUGUCAAUGAUAUGGUUGCGCCGGUUCUACUCUUUUCUCUGAAUCUACUGCGUCCGCGUGUCAUCGAGGCAUACUUUGAUGGCCAGGAGCUGGUGAUACGCUACACCAAAUCCUACGAUUUUAAAUUACUGAACGAAGCUGGGUUCAAGACCUUUGCACAAUGGCUCCUGGGUGAUGCUAUUGGUGAUACGUCCAGAGAGGCAAUCCGGACUGUAUAAGUUGAUAUGGGUGAGGGCGCUUGGUCAAGGUGUUUUUCAGGGUCUUAAUUCUCAUUUACCUACAACCUUCUAGCUGUAUCCAGAAUAAUCACGAGUCAAUUGGAAGUGACAGAAGUAAUUCAAUUCAGCC